UUAAGCGUACAGUUACACUCCGCAGUUUAUCGUUACGCAGCAUUCGCUUGAUAUAUUUAGCUGAAAAAUGGCGUAUCUUAUUUUACGUAAAUGUUGUAUACUGCGGUAAUUAUUCAGAACUUUUUUUAUUUCAAAGUUUGCGCAUAAAAUUCAGUAAAACGGAUGUUUGGAUUACUGAAGUAAGUCGAAUGGAAAAUGGAUGAGAGCGAGCGAAAUUGCGCCAAACUCACUGCGAUCCUGGGAAUCGACGAAUUUAAGCCACCGUCGCAAUUUAGGCUGUACGAUUUACUAGGUCCCGGAACCCAAGGGAUCGGCGUGUUCAAAGCGCAAGAUACGGCCACGGGGAAAAAGUACGCGGCCAAGGUCUUCCAGAUUCGCCGUGAAUUCGUCGGUUACGCAAAAAAAGCCAACACCGUUUCAGACGACAGCACGGUGUUGGCGUAUGUCCGGGAAUUCCGAGCCAUCAAGGGAUUUAGGCACGCCAACAUCGUGAGAUAUUACUUCCUGGAUGUCAGUGUUGAUAAAUUCCUAGACAAUUAUCAGCUGCGCGUUUUCAUGGAACGCUGUACCGGUGAUACACUAGAACGGGAUAUGGGAAAAGUCUACCAAACGUACAAAGCCGGUUAUAAAUCUGCCGACGUUCAUCGCCAUUUUCUCGACCUACUUUCUGGUCUUGACUGUCUCCAUCAGCGUCAAAUAGUCCACCGCGAUCUGCGCCCGGAGAAUCUCAUUUUGCCGAGCCCGAAAAAAAAACCCUGAAGAUUGCCGAUUAUAGCGCCGCAGUGAUGCUCAACGGUUUCAUCACCGAGCCCGGCGAAGUGACCACUCAUGGAGGGCCGCCGUGGCAUUUCAAAGCUCCGGAAGUGGCCAAUCCCGCGAAGUUCGGCAACAGCGGACGCCGGACCGAUGUGUGGAGUAUGGCGUGCAUUCUAAUUUUCAUGCUUCAGGGGAAAGUGCCGGUCUUUCGGUACACUUCCGGAAGGAAGAUAAUUGACGCGGAAUCCAAUGCGGAUGUCCAGAAGGCGUUGGAGAAAGGCGUAGCGCCGUACUUUGACGGGGAUUUUCAGCGGAGAGCAAGUUAUGGCGACGAAGGAGCGUUUCUGAAUCUGGCGAGAGACUUGCUGAAGCGGUGUCUCGUGGCGCACAAUAAAAACCGGCCGUACAUUGAUGCCGUGCGUGACCAUUCCUUUAUCAGUUAUAAACCGAAAAACCACGGGAGCUGGUUCUAAUUCUCGCUUUUUAUGCUGAUGAGGUUCCGCGCCUGGCACAUUUCUGCGUUAAUAACUGACUGAUUGUCGGCGCAUUUUUUGGGUCUGAAUUAUUUGUAGAGCGCAUUUGAAAAGUAGCACAAUUUAGUGAUGUCACUGUGAUGCAUUGUGGCUUGUUUCAAAAGAGCGAAAAAAUUUUC